UCCUGCCCUCAGGUUCAACGUUUCCCCCCCUAGCCAAUAGGAAGUUCCCCCUGGCCUUGAUGGAUUCCUCCUGCUUCCAAUAGGAAAUUAGAAGCGGCAAGGUACUUGCCCCCUGGUAGGCGGUGUCCCCCUCCCUUCCCAGGCGGGCGAAGAAGGCCGCGGUUAUCGAUCCCGCUGCUGGUAGAGGGAGGAGGAAGCAACAGCAGAGAAAAUGGCGGCCGUAGCUGCGACUGCGGCGGUGCCGGGUGAUGGGGGAGCCGGCGAGGCCGAGCCCAUUCCGGGCAGCGAGGCCGGCACAGACCCACUCCCAGCCGGCACUCAGGCCGCCGUGGAGUCGGCGGUGCUCGAUGCCAGAGAGGAGCCCGUCGAGCCCGCUCCAGGUGGGGAGGCCGAGGAGCAACCGCCGUCGCCACCUCGGAGCCCGACGGGGACUCAAGACCUGCCGCAGGCCCAGCCCUGCCCGGGGGGCCCCGAGGGAGAGCCGCCUCAGCCCUGCCCGCUCACCGCGGGGCACUUCCAGAUCCCCGAGGAGGAGGAGGAGGAGAAGCCGCAGCCCUGCCUGUCGCUGUUGCCGCCGCCUGCAGCUGGGGGCCCCGCGGGGCCGGAGCCCGGGGAGGAGCCGCCCCGGCCGGAGGAGGAGGAGCCGGAUGCUGCCGCCGCGAAGCACCACCAGCAGCAGCAGCAGCUCUCGGUGACUGUGGAGCCGGCGGUGCCCGCUGGCGAGGAGGAGGAGGCGCUGCUGCUGCCGGGCUCGGAGGUACUGGUCACCCUGGAUCACAUCAUCGAGGACGCGCUGGUGGUGUCGUUCCGGCUCGGGGAGAAGCUCUUCUCCGGGGUCCUCAUGGACCUCUCCAAAAGGUUUGGACCCCAUGGAAUCCCUGUGACCAUAUUUCCCAAAAGGGAAUAUAAGGAUAAACCUGAAGCGAUGCAGCUCCAAAGUAAAUCAUUCCAAGAUGAGACACAGGUGAAAUGUGAAGCCAAUGGUGUAGUCACAGACUCUUCUCCCAUCCAGCAAUCAGAAUCUAACCUAGCUAAAAGCCUAUGGACUUCCAAACCACCUCCCCUUUUCCACGAGGGAGCACCAUAUCCUCCUCCUUUGUUUAUCAGGGACACAUAUAACCAGUCAAUACCUCAGCCUCCACCUCGGAAAAUUAAACGGCCCAAGCGGAAAAUGUACAGGGAGGAACCCACUUCUAUUAUGAAUGCUAUCAAACUACGACCCAGACAGGUCUUGUGUGACAAAUGUAAGAACAGUAUUGUUGCAGAGAAAAAAGAAAUUAAAAAGGGCAGCAAUGCAAGCGACUCCUCAAAGUAUGAGGAUAGUAGAAAACGAAGAAAUGAGAGCAUAACUACUGUGAAUAAAAAAAUUAAAACUGAUCUUAAAGUUGAUGGGAAAAGCCAAAAUGAAAGCCAGAAAAGGAAUUCUGUGGUCAAAGUUGGAAAUAUUGCCCACAGCAGAAGCAAAGUAGUCAAAGUUUCCACUCAAGCAAAUAUGUCAAAAACACAGUUAAAUACUAAAAAGGUUCUCCAGAGCAAAAACAUGGAUCAUGCAAAAGCUCGGGAAGUUUUGAAAAUAGCCAAAGAGAAGGCACAAAAGAAACAAAGUGCAACCUCUACUUCCAAAAAUGCACAUUCAAAGGUCCACUUCACACGGCGUCUUCAGAACACCAGCUCAGGUUCCCUGCCCCCACGAUUGCGACUAAAACCACAAAGAUAUCGAAAUGAAGAAAACGACUCUUCUCUCAAGACAGGGCUUGAGAAAUUGCAGAGUGGCAAGAUGGCAGCUAAGCCCCAGUCUCGCUGCUCCUCCACCCGCUCAGCAGGUGAGGCCCCUUCAGAAAAUCAGAGCCCCUCAGAAGGUCCUGAAGAGGCCAGCAGUGAGGUUCAGGACACAAAUGAAGUGCAUGUACCUGUUGAUCAGGAUGAACAGCAGACACUGGGCAAGAGAGGCAGCAAAAGCAAUAUAACGGUUUACAUGACCCUUAAUAAAAAUAAACCUGACUCUUCCAGUGCAUCAGUGUGUAGUAGUGAUAGCACAGAUGACUUGAAGUCCACCAACUCUGAGUGUAGUUCUACUGAAAGCUUUGAUUUUCCUCCUGGCAGCAUGCAUGCACCUUCCUCCUCCUCCUCCUCGUCCUCUUCAAAGGAAGAGAAAAAGCUCAGUAAUUCCUUGAAAAUGAAAGUCUUUUCAAAAAAUGUCUCUAAAUGUGUCACCCCAGAUGGCAGGACCAUAUGUGUAGGAGACAUUGUUUGGGCCAAGAUAUAUGGCUUCCCAUGGUGGCCAGCCCGUAUUCUUACUAUAACUGUGAGCCGGAAAGAUAAUGGCCUUUUAGUCCGACAGGAAGCUCGUAUUUCAUGGUUUGGGUCCCCAACAACAUCUUUCCUUGCUCUUUCACAGCUCUCCCCCUUUUUAGAAAACUUUCAGUCGCGAUUUAAUAAGAAGAGAAAAGGUCUUUACCGCAAGGCCAUUACAGAAGCAGCCAAGGCUGCUAAGCAGCUAACUCCUGAAGUUCGAGCCCUGCUGACACAGUUUGAAACAUGAACAUGAACAGUAAGCUCAAAGACAUUAGUCAUCUGCUGUUUUUAUGGAACCUCCCUACACUGGCACGAAGAGGAUCAGCUAACCAGAAAUGAUAUCUGAAAUGUCAUUUUCCUCUGAAAUUUACAUGAUGGUGUACACUGGGAGAUAACUUGUUCUUUUAAAAAGAAAAGAAAUCCACUCCAUUUCCAGGACACCUGUACUUACUGUAAAUUUACUUUGGAAUUUGAAAAGUGUUAGAACAUAUUUUAUAAACUGUUUUGCAAUAAAUAAGGCAUGAGCCAAGGAGCCUGUUCAAAGUGAACAUGCAAGGAACCACUUGAAUUACUAGUAUGAAGAAUCACAAAGUGUACCGCACUCUUACUCUUCAAAUGUGAUGGUCUGAAUAGGCCCCAGCAAUGGAAUCAAGACAUCUGGAAAGUUGGCUGUAAACUUCUGAACACUUUACUUUUGUUCUUAGUGUGUGUUAGAUUUUACAUCUUAACAAGCUUUAGUCUUUAGUGCAGGUGUUAGCGGAGCUGUAAUCUUUUACUAGAAGCAUGUCCAAAUUCAGCUGUGGUGUCAAGUACCGACAGUCCUGUUUUGAGACCAAGGUUUCCCAUAGAGAUGGUAAUGAGAGCAGCAACAGCAAACUUCGUGGAUCUCUUGAGUGGUCAUGGUAAAGAUCCUCCUUUGUGAAAACUAUUUUGAUAGCCAGGACUAAGGCUCAUUUAUAAAAAAAUGCAAUGGGAGGGUGCACAAAUGUCUGUCUCUGCUCUUUUAUUCUUUAGCAGUAUCCACUAAAAAUAGGAGUUACUGCUAAGAUGGGGUGAUAACUGGUAUCCAAAGUUAUUACAUUUCCUUCCUUUCUAGCACAUGGAUAUAUUGCACAUAGGUAUCCAACAGCAAGACUUGGACUCUCAUCCAGCUAAAGUUAGUUAUGACUAAGUCCCAUUGAAAGUAAGUCACAAUUAAGUCCUAACUUAUUUCACUGGGGCUUGUUCACAAUGAACUUCAGCCAGAUUGGGGCCUUACUGUUUCCAAGAGUAGUUGGUUUACUUCAACUUUUCUCCCAUAGAUUAAAAAAGUGUCCAAUAUUUUUUCAAUGGGAUUUGUGUAUUUAACUGUGUAAUUUGGUUCCAUUUAUUUCAGUGGAGUUAGAUAUAAUUAUUUUUCACAGGAUUGUACCUGCUGUCAAAAUAUCUACUUCAAUAUUUUUCAAUCUGCUUUUAAGAUGUAUACACCUCAACUUCCAUUUAAUUUUCUUAAUAGCAGAACAAGAUUCACCCGGUAUCCUGACAUGGUGAUGAUAAACUUAAGUAAAACAUAUGCACAAUCUAAAGACUAACAAACAUGCAAAUAGUUUCAAUAAAAAUAAAAUUCAAGGGAUGCCUUCUAUACACAGACUUAUCACUCAUGUAUGGCAUUAAGGUAACUACUUCCAGGUUAAUAGAAGAGAACACUUUUCAAAAGUUACCCAUACCAGCAAAUAUAAACUGAUAUUAUGGCUUCAUAAUCUCCAUGCAUGAUGAUGUAAUAAAAAUAAUCCCUUUGGCUAUUUGGCAACCGAUUUCUAUUUUUUAAAUAGCAUUUGAAGUACAGUAAAUACAUAUUAACUAUAUAAUACAAUGCAAUUCUAUAUUAAAGUUUUAGUAAUUGUGAGGAAAAAAUUUAAAAUUAUUUAUAAAUGGGGAGAGCCUGUAGCAGCUACUUUUAAAAAAUUACUUAUGUGAUGUUCUGUACUAGGUUCAGCUGUGCCACUUUUAUGAACUGCAGAUGAUUGUAAGGAUCACAAGUAAUUGCUUCGCAGAACUUUUUCCAAUGCAGUCAAAGCAAAAAGUGAAUGGUGUGGUCUCUUCUCACAUGAUGUGAUUCAGUAACUUUUAGAAAUCAUGAGAAGCCACUAAAACAAAAAGCUACUACAGCAAGUCACGUACAGUGUGUUUUGCCUCUAGAGACAAGAUGCUGCAUUGUAAUAUCCUUUUUAUUUAAAGUGGGGAGGGUACUUCAUUAGAGAAGGUGUAUAUAUCUUGGAAGAUAACCAUGGCACAAAGGGAUAGUUUCUACUCAGGAAAAUGGUGUUGGGCUGUACUAACAAGGGUACAUGUCUGGAUUGAUAAUGGGUGGAGCCAGUGGUGCCUGCAUCAACAUCGUUCUUUUAGCGAGUGCUCUUAAUUCUUUUUUCCUUCAAGAGCACUAACACUGCCCCAUUUUACAUUCACAACACUGUAGGAUGUGGAAGAGCUGCAGGUUUCUACCUUAUGGGUGAAACAAGAGAGGUGGGGGUAAGUCUCUGAAAAACAGAUAAGAUGGCUAGUUUAUACUGGUUGGUGAAGAAUUGCAUUAAACUGCAGCCAUCUUGGUUUGGAAUGAUAUUGUCAGGGAAACUUUAGUGGUAGAAGUAAUGUAUUGUUGCUUUUCACCUUCUUGCUUGAGUUGCUUAAUAUUUAAGCUUUGCUCCAUGCUACCAUUCAUGUCUGUAUACUAUGUCACUAUGCCUCCUUUGUUUGGUAGACUUGAAUGAGGAAAACAGUUCACCUACUAAGGUUUGCUUGAAAUUAAAUGUUCAAGAAUGUUGUGUACCAUCGAUUCAAAUAAAGCCUUGACUUUUUUCUCUGCACUUUUAAAAAAUA